AUGUGGGCUCUAUCUAUAACCAAGAACAACCAAACUUGGUUUGAUGACUUUUAUCUUCAAGGGUUUGCUAACAUUGAGGACUACAGCCUUGGGCUGUUUUUUAUUUUUCUCUUUACCUAUUUACUCACUCUUUCUGGUAACAUGAUCAUCGUCUUGAUAGUACGUCUUCACCUGCACCUUCACACUCCAAUGUAUUUCUUCAUUACCAACCUGUCCUUGCUGGAAAUGUGGUACAUAUCAACUACGGUACCAAAACUUUUGGCUAUUCUUGUGACCCAUGACAAAAGGGUUUCAUUCCAUUGGUGCUUUGCUCAACUGUAUAUGUUUCAUGGACUUGGCAUGACGGAAUGUGCUUUGUUAGCUGUCAUGUCCUUUGAUCGAUAUAUGGCUAUAUGCCACCCUCUCAGAUAUACUAGCAUCAUGAGUGGCAGAAGGUGUGGACUGCUAGCCCUGUUAUGUUGGACUUAUGGGUUCAUGUCUGCAACUAUACCCCUCAGUUUAACCAUGAUGGUGCCUUUCUGUGGCCUACGGCACAUAGACCAUUACUUUUGUGACCUUGCUCCUCUGUUGAGUUUGGCCUGUAUAAAUACCUCUCUUAAUGCUACAGUUAAUGGCUGUGUUAUUGGCUUUGCUACUAUGUUUAACUUCAUAAUUAUCAUCAUCAUGUAUAUUAAUAUCAUAUAUUCUAUUGUGAAGAUGAGGUCAAACACAGGAAGAAUUAGGGCCUUCUCCACCUGUUCGUCUCAUAUCACUGUGGUGAUGUUAUUUUAUAGCACUGCCUUUACUGUCUAUGCAAGCCCCAAAGGCUUGCAUUCAGUGAACUAUGACAAGAUGAUCGCUUUGGUAUAUGCCAUGUUUACCCCUUUACUGAACCCAAUCAUUUAUAGUCUGAGGAAUAAAGAAGUGAAAAAAGCAUUAAAAAGAAUUUUAACAAAAAUCUCCAAAAAAGCAUAG